AUGAUGCUUGAUGAAACCCCAGAAAUUACAGCUCCUCUCGAACUUCCUCUUUAUCAGAAAAAACUCAUCACCUACAAUGUUGAUAGUACAACCAAUGUUACUCUCCCAACUCGUUAUGAGCCUGUGAAAGAUGAGAAAACUGGUCAAAUUUGUAUUUUAGGUCAAGGUGGAUAUGGUAUUGUUAUUGCUGCCCGUGAUCGCCAUAGACACAACGAACUUGUUGCUAUUAAGAAGAUUGGAGACGUUUUCAACGUUGCUCCAUACCGAAUGUUAAGAGAAGUGAUCAUUAUGAAACACUUGCACGGCCAUCCGAAUAUUGUGGAAUUGAUUGACAUUUUUGUACCUGGACAAACUCUUCAGGAAAUGAACGAUUUGUAUAUUGUGUUGGGCAUGAUGAAUGGAGGAGAUUUGAAACAGCUCAUGUCUCAAACAUUGCAACAAGGAGGAAUUUCCUUACAGACCAUCAAAGAUAUCAUGUGCCAAUUAUUGAGCGCCUUGUAUUAUAUGCACAGCGCUGGAAUUUUGCAUCGUGAUCUUAAACCUAGUAAUGUUCUUGUAAGCAAUACUGGAGACCCAGCCACAACACAGUAUCGAUUGUGUGACUUUGGUCUCAGUACUAAGGAGGAAUCAGACCCUGUCACUAAUCAAGAAUCCAUGUAUGUCGUGACCAGAUAUUAUCGUCCACCUGAAGUAAUUUUACAAUAUGAAAUUCAAAGCUCAGCCAUUGAUGCUUGGUCCGCUGGAUGCAUAUUCGCUGAAUUGCUCUAUCUUUUGCCACCAAAACCACAAAGAAGACCGCUCUUUGUUGCACGUAAAUCUGGCUCCAAUAUUCAAGGCAUUGAAGAGCAUUUGAACUUGAUUGUAUCAUUGUUAGGAAAGCCAGAUAUGAGUGAUGUCAAAGGUACAGCAAAUGGUGUGAAAUAUUUUGAACGUUUAUUUGGCCAUUAUCCCACUGAAGGCUUAGAUUUGAGACAAAUUUUCACUUCAGCUCCACCUGAAGCUCUUGAUUUGCUUAGAAAGUUCUUGACUUGGAAUCCUGAAAAACGUAUUUCUUUCGAACAAGCAGUACAACAUCCAUUCCUAAAAGGAAACCAAUUUAUUAACCUCACUAGACAUGAAAAGAAGAUUGAUUUUGAAAUUGAGAAGAAGGCAGAUACUGCUACUUUCAAGUGGAUGUUUUAUCAAGAGGUGAUAGAAUGGGCAAAGAGAAAUGGAGAGUUAUUUUAA